ACCCCUUCGGUGUUAACAGCAAAGAAAAAUCAUACUAAACUAAAGAUGUCCGGAGACAUGAUGCGUUACACCAUUGGCGUCGUCUGCGUGGUGGCUGUCCUUCUCUCCCUGGCUGAAGUCAGCGAAGCCAACUACAAGAAUGCACCCAUGAACGGCAUCAUGUUCGGCAAGAGGGGACCUACUGAAUACGACCAACGCGGCAAGACCUUCACGGCUCUGUGCGAGAUCGCCACUGAGGCUUGCCAGGCGUGGUUCCCAUCUCCUGAAAACAAGUGAAUUAACAUAUAAGAGAAGCAUAUAACUGUUUACGACAAUAGCAUUUGACUUGUGGAUUAUGGCAUAAUAUUGUAUUAAUUUGUAGGGACUUUUUGUAACGAGCAUAGCAACAUCAAUGCUUUCUUUUAAAUAUUUUUUAAUUUAAUUGUAUAUCUUAAAGGCUGGAAAACUGUAUGACUUAAAAUGUAGAAUAAAUGCUAGAAAU